CACACACACACACACACUGUUGAGACUAGUGUAAUUAAUGAAAUUUUAUUGUCUCCAGACAGUCUUCACAUAAUGGUUUCCAACAGAAAGUCCUCUACUAUAUAUAAUAUGUGCCAUUCCGGACACACAUUCAGGUUUCUACUAGGUUAGCCCCGCCUGCAUGCUCACUACGCUCUAGCGUAUACAAUCAGUGCACUCUGACUGAGAGUGUCGAAUGACCACACGCUGUGUGUAUGGAAGAGCUCUGGCUAGACGAGUCGUCACUAGUCGAACUACGGCCGCAGCUUGUGAAGAAGCUAACUCCACUGUCUCGCUUUCUCUUCGACUUACAGACGGUCGCACCCGCCAACGACCUGAAAACCAUCCGCGAAGCGAAUCAGACGACUGGCGAGGAGACGGCGGUCGGCACACUCCUCAGUCUCUUACCUCAGUGGGGAGAUGAGGGAGCGAGGUGGCUAGUCGGCGUGCUGGAAACGCUGGGAAUGCACGAAGCUAUACGGAAACUAGAAAUCGAGCGUCGCAUUGAGGUGCGUAGGACUCUUUCGGAUAGUUAUUCGUCGUCGUCGUCGUCGAUGUCGAGGAACUCGUCGUUUUCGUCGGUGGUUGGAGGCCGUGACAGCCGGAAGCAGCAGAGAUCUGUUAGCGAUUCGAUGUCGAUGGCCAUGGAUGCGCGUCGGGAUGCGAGCGCGGUGCCUCAUAGCUGCAGCGAGCCGGCGAGUUUGUCACGUCCUGUGCUGAGGAGGCAAAGCUCGAAGUCGCUCGGAGUUCAUGCUGGGACGGGAACGGAAGCGAUUCCACACGAGUUGUUACUGCCUUUGAUCACUAUGCUCAACAGCCCUGCUGAUUCUGAUUGGCGUGAUUUGGCGAAGAGAUUUGGAAUACAAGAAAAGGAUAUUGAUAAAAUGGAUAAUGAGGGUGGCCGAGCUUCAGCCCUUAUGCAAAAGUUAAUAAAUUGUGGCAUAACAAUGCAGGAAGUGGCAGUACAGGCCAUGGACAUGAAACGUCACGAUGUUGUCAGUCUGCUGGAGAAUGCUGGUUAUCAAACGUCUGUUGUAGGAAAUGGUCACAGUCAAGUGAUUUCUCCAUCGGCAUUCCAGAAACAUUCCGCAAGUUUGAGUCGAACAGUCAUACCCGAGUUCUCAACCCUUUCCUCUCCAUCUCUCACUCGCUCACCCGGGAUGUUGCGGAGAAUAGGAACAUGCACUUCCGAGAAUACUCGGUCACCAACUUUCCGUUCUCUACUCACUAACACAAGACAUCAACAACGCGACGGCAUCGAUCCAUUAUGUGGCAAUCAACUGCAGUUAUCCAUACCAUCGUAUUUGUCAAGAAAGAGAACGCCUGAACAAUACCCGAUCUCAAGCAACAGCUCAAGAUCUUACAGUGACGGUUCGUGUGACCACAUACAAGCAGCAGAUGUCCAGAAGGUUGCUCUUGUUAUAGGCAAUAGUGAGUAUUUGGUGCCCAAUUUGGUACAACAGAAUUUUGUGUUCGAAGCUCGUGCACUGGCAGCACAACUGAAGGAGAUGAACUGGACAGUGACGUUAGUCGAGAAUGCAACCCUCAGUCAACUGCAACGUGCCCUUGUGGCAUUCAGUGACAAAUGUCAGCAAGAAUCACCCGUGUUUGCAUUGGUAUUCUACGGUGGACAUGUCAUCACUACAAAUGGCACCAGCUACUUGGUACACGUUGAUCUCUCAUUGCCCUUGUCCGUCGCAUACGUCUCACAUUGCUUGGUGCCUCUACGCAACCUAUUACAAUUGCUAUCAAACUGUGUAGUGGUUGUUGCAAUAAUCAGUUGCAUUCGUGAACAGACGUCGGUUGCUUGUUCUGGGAUGUCAUUUAGUGGUGGAGAUAUCACGAUCCCGAAGCUAUCAUCACAAACGUGUGUCAUCAUUGCGGCAAAUUCUCAACAGCCGGUCUCUGUUGCGACGUCGUUUGCUAUGCAGUUGACUUUGUGUGUGAAGAAAUCGUAUGAUGUGUCUCUGUGUUCUAUAGUGGAGCAUAUUGGUUGGAGUGGAGACACGACAGUUGCCAGUCGGUGUCACUGCUACUGUCGAUCUCUGAUGAAUUUGAAUUUUUACAGUAUUUCUCAGACUGUGGAGACUUGUGUGUUGAAGACGGAUAUGUUGAGACGGGUGUUGGUGUUUGGUCGGGAGUCUGAUGAAAGCGAUUUGCAUAGACUGAUGGAAGUUUUUGACAAAGAAGACUGGCGAGCUGAGUAUUGCACCAAUACUGCCAACCCUAUUACUACCUUACAGACAUUUCUAUUCAACACCGGCGUCACACAAACCGCACAGACAGCAGCAUUAGUCAUUCUCAUGGGUAACCUAUCCACGAUCGAUCAAGAACCGACUCUGUUUUUUCAUCCAUUGUCUCCUUCUCCUACCACUGGUUCCACACUCUCAGUUGAGCCUCCAUCAGAUGCACUGCCAUUGUCUAUGGUGGCCGACAUGAUGGCCGAGGCUAUAAUUGGGCCAAAACUUCUUGUAGUAAACAACUGUGACUUAUCCAUGGAUGUUGAUGAGAAAUAUUGCUCACGUAUGGUGAUGCCCCGUGUGAACAUGCUCGUCAGCAUCAGCAGAUAUCGAAUUCAACAGUAUGUUUCUCGUUUUAUUCCUUCUUGGAAAGACUCAAAGUUCGAGUCUCUACUCAAUGUGUUUCGAGAGAUUGCACCCAACACAACAAAGAGCUGCCUUUUUACUAUCUGAAUUUCAAGGCGGGUCACUUGUUGAGUAAAACACGUUUUUGUUUAUAUGAGAUAUACACUUGCUUGUUAGUGUAAAAGGUGUAGUUUGUGAGGACGCAAAGUCGUUAGGAUUUGUUGACUAGUUUUCUUACUUCUCUAUUGCUGCUCGUUUGCACAGUAAUUGUGUUUUUACUGCUUCAAGAAAUCUGGUUUUAUGGUACAGUGUGCAAAUAUGCUGACUGUAUAUAGUCUGUACUUGUAUACAAAAUUAUGAAAUACCAAUAGAUUGAUUUUGCUGCUACAGA